GGUUCAAACCGGUUUCGUGAGUCUGCGCAGUAAGUGUAAACAGGAAGAAGAGUGCAAAAUUAAACCGUGUCGACGAACGUUGCGUUACAUUGAUAGGAACGGUUUGAAGUCGCGAUGCAGGUGUAACGUUACAGUAAGCUUAAACGACAUUAAUUUAUGAUUAGCACAUGAUGUAAAGAGACUCGACAAAAGUCACUAGAGAAAACAUCGGGUAACGUCAAUGCUCAUUUGCGAUACUGACAUCGUUGAAACACGGGCCCUAUUCGCUUGCUCGAGAGCGAGCAGACAGUCCAGAUAUAAUACAGAAAGACUUUAAAACUGUAUGUGAAUCACUGUCGUGUUUUAACGAAGAAAUCUGCAGAUAACGUUAGUUCGUGCAGAAAAUCUGCAUCCGACAGAAGUCCGCUCCCUGCCGGUGACUCAAUGACCUACUAACCUAGUAACGGUAGUGUUUCUGCAGAAGAAAACCUCUGGCUGACGACUAGACUGAUUCUUCCAACAUAAAUUGUUAAGCACUAUUCAGAAUGGUUCAGAAAGACAAAAUAAUCGAGUCGACACUGUCAGAAAGUGAAGCCAAUCCAGUGCCAAGCGAAGCUGUCGCGGAUUCGCAGUGUCCCGUGGACGAGCCCAGUGUCGGGGUUGAGCGAACAGGCCGCAGGAAGUUCAUCACUGGGGUGGUGGAGGGCUUCUAUGGACGGCCAUGGACUAUGGAACAAAGGAAAGAGCUUUUCAGGAGGCAGCAGAAAUGGGGUUUGAACACCUAUCUGUAUGCCCCAAAAGAUGACUACAAACACAGAAUGUUUUGGAGAGAAAUGUAUUCUGUUGAGGAAGCAGAACAACUCACAACUUUAAUAAGUGCUGCUAAAGAGCACGGGAUUGAGUUCAUUUAUGCCAUUUCCCCUGGCCUGGACAUUACAUUCUCAAAUCAGAAGGAAGUGUCAACACUCAAAAGGAAGUUAGACCAGGUCUCUCAUUUUGGGUGCAAGUCCUUUGCCUUACUUUUUGAUGACAUUGAUCAUAACAUCUGUCCAGCUGACAAGGAGGUAUUCAGCUCCUUUGCACAUGCUCAAGUGUCUAUCACCAAUGAGAUCUUCCAAUAUUUGGGAGAACCUGAAAUAUUUGUAUUUUGCCCCACAGAGUAUUGUGGAACAUUUUGUUAUCCAAAUGUGUCUCAGUCGCCUUACCUGCGCACAGUAGGAGAAAAGCUGCUUCCUGGUAUUGAGGUGCUGUGGACAGGUCCCAAGGUAGUUUCUAAAGACAUUACUGUUGAAUCUAUUGAAGAAGUCACAAAGAUACUGAGGAGAGCUCCUGUCAUCUGGGACAAUAUUCAUGCUAAUGACUACGAUCAGAAGAGACUUUUUUUGGGGCCUUAUAAAGGCAGGUCCACAGAACUCAUCCCUCGGCUGAAGGGAGUUCUCACCAACCCCAACUGUGAAUUUGAGUCUAAUUUUGUGGCCAUUCACACGUUAGCCACGUGGUACAAGUCUAACAUGAAUGGAGUGAGAAAAGAUGUUGUCAUGACGGACAGUGAAGACAGCACCGUGUCCAUCCAGAUAAAGUUGGAAAACGAAGGCAGUGAUGAGGAGUUAGAAACAGACAUCCUCUACAGCCCACAGAUCGCACUCAAGCUGGCUCUCACUGAAUGGCUCAGCGAGUUUGGAGUGCCUCAUCAGUACAACAGUCGGCAGGUUCCUCACAGUGGAACUAAAAGCACUUCUAUAGAUGUUCCUGCACUCACUGUGCCCAGUCUAGGCAAUUCCACAUCAGUGACUACAGUCUUCCAACAGCCCAUCAUGAGUCCAACCUUGCCCCUUAGCGAUGAACUGCAUGUGCUUGGCAAAGAAGAGGAGGUGGAGGUGGAGAAGAAGGAGUCUGACGAAGAACCCAUGGAGAUGGUCGUGGAGAAACACGACGAGGUGGAAGACACUAAAAAUGUCAACCAGAUCCUCACAGAGAUUGUCAAGGCUAAAAUGACAGAAGAUCUCAGACCCAUGGACACAGACAAAGAGAGCCUGACAGAGUCCAAGUCCCCUGAGAUGUCCAUUCAAGAGGAUUCAGGCAGCGACAUUGCACCAAUGCAGACUGAUGAUCAGCUCAACAAGGAAGUGUUUGUUCCAGGCCCCAACGAGAAGCCAAUGUUAACUACUGAGCCACUUACUCUGGAGGAUCUGACCCUGCUAGCUGAACUCUUCUACCUGCCAUACGAACACGGUCCCAAAGCAGUACAGAUGCUGAAAGAAUUUAACUGGUUGAGAGCAAAUAGCAAUUAUGUUAGUGUAAACUCCAAAGCAAAGGAUCCAGAGAAGGUAGCUGAAUGGCAAUCUAGAGCGGAAACAUUUGAGGAGAUGUGCUGCUCCGUCAUCCAGAUGUUCACCAGACUCUCCAACUCAGCCAACAGGACCAUUCUUUACGACCUGUAUCCCUAUAUCUGGGAUAUAAAGAGUAUCGUCUCAAUGGUGAAAUCAUUUGUUCAGUGGUUAGGGUGUCGUAGUCAGUCGUCAGCACAGUUCUUAAGUGGCGACCAAGAGCCCUGGGCCUUUAGGGGCGGUCUAGCAGGAGAGUUCCAGAGACUGUUGCCAAUUGAUGGGGCAAAUGAUCUUUUCUACCAGCCACCACCACCAAUGCCAACUUCAAAAAUCUAUUCCAUAAGGCCUUACUUUCCCAAAGAUGAGUCUGCUGUCUACAAGAUCUGCAAAGAGAUGUUCACUGAGGGCUGUGACGGCAUCUCUUUCUCAGAUGAGUCACCAGACCUUAUUGGAGACAGGUUAGUAGGAGGUUUCCUGACGCUCAGCCCAGACUAUGGGUUUGUGCUUGAGGAUGAGGAAGGUAUCUGUGGCUAUGCUCUGGGCACUGUGGAUGUCAAACCUUUUGUGAAGAAAUGCAAGAUGAGUUGGAUUCCAUUCAUGCAGGAGAAAUACAACAAACCAGACACAGAGAAGGACCUGUCAGAAGCUGAGAAAAUGAUGCUAAGUUUCCAUGAGGAGGAGGAAGGCUUACCAGAAUCAUUCCUCAGUAACUUCCCAUCACUCAUUAAAGUGGACAUUCACGCAAAGGUUACUGACCCCAGUGUUGCCAAAAGCAUGAUGGGAUGUCUCCUCUCAUCAUUGAAAGCCAAUGGUUCACAUGGUGCUUUCUGUGAGGUCCGCCAGAUGGACAAACGGAUGUUGGACUUUUAUAGCAAACUGGGCUGCUUUGAAGUGGCCAAAAUGGAGGGAUUCCCAAAAAAUGUUAUAAUAAUGGGGAGGAGUUUGUGAAUCUGAGCUGCUGGAAAAAAAAAAGAA